AUGCACACUCCCAAGUUAUUGAUUAUUUUCUUAUUCUUGGCUGCACACUUUAAUCCAAAUAUUAUUGGAUUGAUAUAUUUAGUUUUGGUUUUGGUAUUUGCUCCAGCUCCAGUUAUUGCCAGCAAGAUUUGGUUCAUUAUUUCUUUCUACAGUAGUGCAAUCAUUUUGGUUAAAUAUGCAUAUCAACACCCAUUCUUCACACAUGGAUUGUGUAAUAAUGCACUGGGAGCCAUUAUUCAACAUCAAGUGACAAACUUUGGCAAAUCUUCUGGAAUUUGUACCUGGUUAGAUUAUAUUGGAUUGGUCGAUGCAGCCACAACUCCAAAUCAAUAUGUUGGAAAUGUUUUAUGGUCUAGCCUUUUGGUCUUCAUCUCUGCUCUUCUACAACAAGUCACGUUCCGUUGGGAGAAGUCUCUGAAACGACGAGGUCUCUACGAAGAGGGCCAUCUCUUUUUGGAAGCUGAGGCCCGCUUGACACCUUCAAACAAGACUGAAGAAGAGAAAAAGGCUUCUGCUUUGGGAAGUAAGAGAAAGAUUCUCCGUAAAAGAACCACAAUUUACAUUAACAGAGAAGAUUUCGAUAAACUCUAUGCUGAGGAAGAAGCGAACAAAACUCUGGGGAGAAUGAGGAAAAUUUCAAAAAUACUUACAAAAGAAAGGCAUUGA